ACAGUUGAUGAUUGCUACUGCUUAUUUCCUUUUUGUGUUUGCUAAUUGCAUGGUAAAACUGGGUGAAUCCCUUCAGGUCUCUGUACAGCCUGCUUCUAUUGUCCAGAAGCAUGGUGGCUUGGUGCACCUGGGAUGUGUGGUUGAACCCCUGAGAGUAAGUGUUACCUGGAGGCUGAAUGGAAAGGAGCUGCCUGAAUCAGAUGAAGUUCUGGGGAUCCACAUAGAUCAGAGACUUCUCACCAUUACUGCCUUAAACAACCACACGGUGGGCCGAUACCAGUGCAUAGCCCGCGUGCCUGAAGGUGUUGUUGCCAGCGUUCCAGCCAUGGUGACAUUAGCAAAUCUGAAAGACUUCAAGUAUGACGGCCAGCAUGUGAUAGAAGUUGAUGAGGGAAAUACAGCUGUGAUUGCAUGUGAUCUUCCUGAAAGCCACCCCAAGGCACAGGUCCGCUACAGUGUGAAACAAGAAUGGCUAGAGGCCUCCAGAGAUAACUACCUGAUCAUGCCAUCUGGGAAUCUUCAGAUUGUCAAUGCCAGCCAGGAGGAUGAGGGAACUUACAAAUGUGCAGCUUAUAACCCCAUCACCCAGGAAGUGAAAACAUCCGUGUCUAGUGAGAGAUUGCGUGUGAGACGCUCAACAGCCGAGGCGGCUCGCAUAAUUUAUCCCCCAGAGACUCAGACUAUCAUUGUCACCAAAGGCCAAAACCUAAUCCUGGAAUGUGUGGCUAGUGGGAUUCCUCCUCCACGUGUCACUUGGGCUAAGGAUGGCUCCAGAGUGUCUGGCUACAACAAGACCCGGUUCCUUCUCAGCAAUCUCCUAAUCGAUAUGAUCAGUGAGGAAGACUCGGGGACCUACAGCUGUAUGGCUGACAAUGGAGUGGGUGAAGGCAGAGCUGCAUUCAUACUCUACAAUGUUCAAGUAUUUGAACCGCCAGAGGUUAGCAUGGAACUGUCACAGCAAAUCAUCACAUGGGGUCAGAGUGCAAAGUUCACCUGCAAGGUGCGAGGAAACCCCCAGCCAUCAGUCGUGUGGCUUCGCAAUGCAGUUCCUCUCUUCUCCAGUCACCGAAUGCAGCUGUCUCGCAGAGCUCUACGGGUCUCCAGUGUGGGGCCUGAGGAUGAAGGGAUAUACCAGUGCAUGGCAGAGAAUGAAGUUGGGAGUGCACAAGCAAUGGUACAGCUGAGAACUGCCCGCCCUGAACCAACACCAAGGUCAGAGCGGAACACUGAUGCAGACUCAGCUCUGCCUGCCAUGUUGCCUAACAGACUGAGCAACAGUGAAAAAAUUGUGAAAGAUAAAGCUAUGCUAAGGCCAAGGCCUACCACACCUGCAGCUUCUGAACAAUGUACUACCAAAGGCCUUGUGUCUCCAGCUGAGGCACCUGUCAUCCUUAGCUCUCCCCGGACAACUAAAACAGAUUCCUAUGAUCUCUUGUGGAAACCACGGCAUGAUGGCAAAGUCCCUAUCCUCUACUAUCUUGUUAAACAUCGCAAGGUCAUGAAUUCAUCAGACAGUUGGACAGUCAGGAAUGUCCCUGCCAGUCAGCAUCGUCUCACUUUGACAAAACUUGAUCCAGGGAGCUUGUACGAGGUGGAGAUGGCUGCUUAUAACUGUGCUGGAGAAGGCCAGACAGCCAUGGUGACCUUCAGAACUGGACGGCGACCAAAACCAGAUAUUGUUGCCAGUAAAGAACAGCAGAUUCAGAAGGAUGACCCAGGCAUGAGCACUCGAAGCAGCAACCAGUCUGACAACACUCGCCUGUCCCCUCCAGAAGCUCCUGAUCGCCCCACCAUUUCAGUGGCAUCUGAAACGUCUGUCUAUGUGACUUGGAUCCCCCGGGGGAAUGGAGGUUUCCCCAUUCAGUCAUUCCGAGUGGAGUACAAGAAACUGAAAAAGCUAGGGGACUGGGUGCUAGCCACAAGCAACAUCCCUCCUUCUCGUCUCUCUGUGGAAAUUACAGGACUGGAGAAAGGCAUGUCCUACAAAUUCCGGGUACGAGCACUGAACAUACUGGGGGAGAGUGAACCCAGCGCUGCGUCUAAACCAUAUGUGGUAUCAGGUUACAGCAACCGUGCAUAUGAGCGUCCUGUUACUGGCCCGUACAUCACCUUCACUGAUGCCAUCAACGAGACCACCAUUAUGCUGAAAUGGAUGUACACUCCAGCCAGCAAUAACAAUACCCCAAUUCAUGGCUUUUACAUCUAUUAUCGGCCAACUGACAGUGAUAAUGACAGUGACUACAAGAAGGAUGUGGUUGAAGGUGACCGGUACUGGCAUUCCAUCAGCCAUCUACAGCCAGAGACUUCGUAUGACAUAAAAAUGCAGUGUUUCAACGAGGGUGGAGAGAGCGAAUUCAGCAACGUGAUGAUCUGUGAAACCAAAGCUCGUAAAUCUUCGGGCCUGCCUGGUCGCCUUCCACCAUCUACAGUAUCCCCUCAGCAGCAUCAGCCUCCCAACAGUGGUCAUAAUGUCCUCGGAGCCGGGGCCAUGGUCGCUCGCUCCAGUGAUUUGCCCUACUUGAUUGUCGGAGUGGUGCUGGGCUCCAUUGUUCUCAUCAUUGUGGCUUUCAUCCCAUUUUGCCUUUGGAGGGCUUGGUCCAAGCAGAAGCAAACCAUAGACCUGGGCUUCCCUGGAGCAGGGCUGCUAGUAUCAUCUUGCCAGUACACCAUGGUUCCACUGCGAGGGGUCUCCACUCCUCGAGCCAAUGGAUUGCGUUUUGCAAAUGGGGUGCAUCUGCCAGUACACCAGGUUGCUAAUGGCCAUUUUCCUCCAGCUACAAUAGGAUACUCAACUGCAAAGCCACAAGAUUAUAGCUCAGAUGAAGUUUAUCAGCAGAAUGAGACCAAUGCGUAUCUUCAGGGGAGGGUGCUGCAAAAUGGAAAUAUUCCAGAUGACCAUCAAAGAUUCCCUAGUCCUGGGCCAGAACACAGUUCUUUCCUCUACGAGCUUCCUGAUAGUUCUACACACCAGCUACUUGGGUCACAUGACAACUGCCAUCACCACCACCCUCAUGAACAACUUCUUGGUCCUUGUCACUUAGUACCACAAAGCCAGGUGGUCAGCUCUACGAUGGAAGUCAUGAAGGAUCCUGUGUUUCGUACAGAUUCCACCUGCUGCCUUGGUCUAGUACCAGUUGAAGACAUAGAGAGAUCAGAUUUCAGCCAGGACAGAAGACAAGUUUGCCCCAUAAACCCAGUGGACACGUGUGUGGAACAAAGCUCAGAAAACCACCUGAACAGCUUGCCGCUGCACGUUCCCUUAGAGACUCUUCCUAGCACUAGCUAGGAAACUGCUGUACAAAGACUAUUGUUCUUAACAGAGGAAAAUAGCUAUUUAUUUUUGUAUUACAUCUCUAUUUAUAUAUUUAUGCACUUGUAAAUAGAAGUGUAUGUGCCUUCUAUAAUUUGCAUUGAGAGAAAUGGCAUCAUGCGCAAGGAGUGACAAAACAGAGCCUAAAGCAAUAUUGUGUGCCUUUGUCAGAUUUCUGACUGAAAAAAACAACUUUCUUCUCUACUUCAUAGAAGGCACCGGAGCUGUCUUGCAGCAACAGAAUAAGCACAAGGCCAAAGGCCAUAUUCUCCAGCUGCAAAAAAGGUGUGUCCCUAAAACAAUGAGACCUUGCAAAAGGGUCAGAAUUGCACUACAGAAUGCCAAAUGAAAGGAUUUAAAGUAGGUACAGUACUUAUCUGCAUUAACAAGCAAUACACACAGCACAGAUUCUGUGACAGUGUGCCUGUAAUGAAACAAAUGCCAUGCUUCAGCUACUAAAUAAAAAUUGUU